UCCGCGCGCGUUCACGGGCCGUUCCCCCUGCAGAGAGUCCUCCCGUCCGGGUGUGGGGAACGGUGGACCGAAGACCCCGGCCCGCCUAACCGCCCCGAGGGCUCCCGCGCCCUCCACCGACCCGGAAUCUGGGACCUCGCUGAGCUGCACCCCGCUCUCCCGCCCCAGGAAAAGCCCCACCGACCUUCCAUCUACCCUUCCCCAGUGACAGCUGGUCUGCUCAACUCUGUUCGCCUGGGUUUCCCCACGCCCACGGAGGUGAAUCGGCUGUGGCCCUGCCCAGGAGGAACUCACAGUCUAGUGCGGUAGGCCGUGGUCAGCAGAUGUGUCCUGCCCAGUGAGCGGGUGCUUGUUGUGCCCAUGGCCUCCAUACCUAAAGCGGAGUGUGUGUGUGUGGUGUAGACGCGGCUCUCUUCUGCAGUUUCUUUGGGGCCACAGGACCAGGCGCCGUUUGAGUGACACACUGUUCUGAACUCUGCCCCUUGGGGGCUCCUAUGCUGGACAUGCCUUUGCCCGCAGAGGGCACCCCGCCACCCCUGAGUGGCACCCCCAUCCCAGUCCCAGCCUACUUCCGCCACGCAGAACCUGGCUUCUCCCUUAAGAGGCCUGGAAGGCUCAGUCGGAGCCUCCCACCCCGGCCCCCUGCCAAGGGCAGCAUCCCCAUUAGCCGCCUCUUCCCUCCUCGGACCCCAGGCUGGCACCAGCCCCAGCCCCGGCGGGUGUCGUUCCGAGGCCGAGCCUCCGAGCCCCUACAGAGCCCUGGGUACGACCCGAGCCGGCCAGAGUCCUUCUUCCAGCAGAGUUUCCACAGGCUCGGCCGCCUGGGCCACGGCUCUUAUGGAGAGGUCUUCAAGGUGCGCUCCAAGGAAGACGGCCGGCUCUAUGCCGUGAAGCGCUCCAUGUCACCUUUCCGGGGCCCCAAGGACCGGGCCCGAAAGCUGGCCGAGGUCGGCGGCCACGAGAAGGUGGGGCAGCACCCACGCUGUGUGCGGCUGGAGCAAGCCUGGGAGGAGGGCGGCAUCCUGUACCUGCAGACGGAGCUGUGCGGGCCCAGCCUGCAGCAGCACUGUGAGGCCUGGGGUGCCAGUCUGCCCGAGGCCCAGGUCUGGGGCUACCUGCGGGACACCCUGCUGGCCUUGGCCCACCUGCAUGGCCAAGGCCUGGUCCACCUUGACGUCAAGCCCGCCAACAUCUUCCUGGGGCCCCGGGGCCGCUGCAAGCUGGGUGACUUUGGGCUGCUGGUGGAGCUGGGUGCAUCCGGAGCUGGUGAAGCCCAGGAGGGAGACCCCCGAUACAUGGCCCCCGAGCUGCUUCAAGGCGCUUACGGGACAGCAGCAGAUGUGUUCAGUCUGGGUCUCACCAUCCUGGAGGUGGCGUGCAACAUGGAGCUGCCCCAUGGUGGGGAGGGCUGGCAGCAGCUGCGCCAGGGCUACCUGCCCCCUGAGUUCACUGCUGGCCUGUCUUCUGAGCUGCGUUCUGUCCUCACCGUGAUGCUGGAACCUGACCCGAAGCUGCGGGCCACAGCUGAGGCCCUGCUGGCCCUGCCCAUGCUCAGGCAGCUGCGGCCCUGGAGCGUCCUGUGGUACAUGGCUGCCGAGGCCCUCAGUCGAGGGUGGGCCCUGUGGCAGGCCCUGCUUUCCUUGCUGUGCUGGCUCUGGCAUGGGCUGGCUCGCCCCGCCAGCUGGCUGCAGCCCCCGGGUCCACCGGCCACCCCGCCUGGCUCGCCACCCUGCAGCCUCCUCCUGGAUAGCAGCCUCUCCAGCAACUGGGAUGAUGACAGCAUAGGCUUGGCGCAUGGAGCCUGGGCAUACAGAGUGGAGCAGAACUGGCAGCCGUGCACUGAGGGCGCUGCCAUGCUGGGGAGCAGUGCAGGGGCCAUGGCACCUGCUGGGAAAGGCCCUCGCUCUCUCCAGAGGCCCUCCUGGCCAGGGCUGCUGGGAGCACCUCCACCCCCCACCGUGGCUCCCCUGCCCCCCGAAGCAGGUACACGCGGAGGGAUUCUCUGGACCUAAGUGACAUUGACGCAGAGCCCCCACGGGGCACCUUCCCCUCCUUUGAGCCUCGGAACCUCCUCAGCCUGUUUGAGGACUCACUGGGCCCAGCCUGAGCCCACGGGCCCAGGCUUGGCACUUUUAA